AUUAAUAGUAAAUUAUAUAUAUAAAGUUACUUUAAUAAUAAGAGUUUUGUGAGGUGAGGAUUAAAUUUAAAAUAAUUUAUUUAAAAUAUGAGUUUAGCAUUUGAUGAUUAUGGCAGACCAUACAUAAUAUUAAGAGAGCAAGGAUCAAAGAAGAGAAUGAAAGGUUUAGAAGCAUAUAAGAGCAAUAUAUUGGCAGCUAAAGCAAUAGCAAAUACACUAUCUUCAUCUCUAGGACCAAAGGGUAUGGAUAAGAUGUUAGUAUCUCCAGAUGGUGAUGUAUCAGUAACGAAUGAUGGUGCAACUAUUGUAGAGAAAAUGGUAUGAAUAUAUUAUAUAAUUAAUUAUAGGAAAUUUAACAUCCGACUGCUAAAUUAUUAGUAGAGUUAUCAUAAUCAUAGGAUGCAGAAAUCGGAGAUGGUACCACAGGAGUAGUCGUAUUGGCAGGUAAAUUAUUAGAAUAGGCUCUGACUUUGUUAGAUAAAGGAAUUCAUCCAUUAAAAAUUAGUGAUGGAUUCGAUAGAGCAUGUGAUGUAGCUAUAAGUAACUAUUCGAUAUUCUAAAUUUUAGAACAUUUAGAAACUAUAUCUGAAGAAAUUGAUAUUUAAGCAAAUGAACAUGAAGCUUUAAUAUAAGCAGCAUGUACAGCUCUUGGAUCAAAAGUUGUAUCUAAAAGAAAAAGAGAACUUGGAAAAAUAGCAGUAACUGCAGUUUUGGAUGUUGCUGAUUUAAAUAGAAAAGAUGUGAAUUUGGAUUUGAUUAAGAUUCAAACUAAAACUGGAGGAAGUGUUGAAGAUACUAGAUUAAUUUCAGGAAUUCUUAUUGAUAAAGAUAUGAGUCAUCCAUAAAUGGUUAAAGAAGUUAAUGAUGCUAAAAUCUGUCUAUUAACUUGUCCAUUUGAACCACCAAAACCAAAAACUAAACAUAAUAUCAAUAUUUCAAGUGCUGAAGAUUAUAAAAAAUUAUAUUAAUAAGAAUAAUAAUACUUUGUUGAUAUGGUUAAAUUAGUAAAAGAUAGUGGUGCUAAUAUAGCAUUAUGUUAAUGGGGUUUUGAUGAUGAAGCUAAUCAUUUAUUAUUAUAAAAUAAUCUACCAGCAGUUAGAUGGGUUUCAGGAACUGAUGUAGAAUUAAUAGCCAUGGCUACAGGAGCUAGAAUUAUUCCAAGAUUUUAAGAAAUCACUCCUGAAAAAUUAGGAAAAGCAGGUUCAGUUAAAGAAGUUUAAUUUGGAACUUCAAAUGAAAGAAUGCUUGUCAUAGAAAAUUGCUAAUGCACUAAAGCAGUCACCAUUCUUAUUAGAGGAGGAAGUCAAAUGAUAGUAGAUGAAGCAAAAAGAUCAAUCCAUGAUGCCAUCUGUGUUAUCAGAAACCUAAUUAAAGAUAACAGAAUUGUUUAUGGAGGAGGAUCUGCUGAAUUAGCAUGUGCAAUCUAAGUACUUUAAUAUGCUGAUGAAGUAAAUUUAAUAGUAUAUUUUAGGUUUCAUCAGUUGAAUAAUAUGCUAUUAGAUCAUUUGCUGAUGCUCUUGAAGGAAUUCCUAGUUGUUUAGCUGAUAAUUGUGGUCUUAACCCUAUUACAUCAGUUGCUUAAGCUAAGGCAAGACAAUUAUAAGAAAAUAAUCAUAGAAUUGGCAUUGAUUGCAUGGAAUUAGUAUUAUUUUAAUAAAUAUUUCAGGGUACCACAGAUAUGAAAGAACAAAGAAUUUAUGAAACUUUGAGUUCGAAGAAACAACAAAUCCAAUUAGCCACCUAGGUUGUCAAAAUGAUCUUGAAAAUAGAUGAUGUUAUUGCUCCAGAUGAUUAUUGAGUAUUAAUGAGAUUAUGU